GAUCUGUAAUUUACAAAAUUACACUGAUUGGCCUAAUGGGGGCGCUGCAUCAUUCGUUGGUUGACAACAUGUUUACUGUUGCCUUGUUUUUUCUGGUCCAGAUUAUUUCCUGCUUGAUACACAAUUCCUAUGAUAUUUGAGGAACAUCAUUACAGCUGACUAUAUAGAGAGAGCUCACAACUCCAAAAGGUAGUUUAAAUGGAAAUAUGUGUUCAGUAAUGUUCAAAAGCAAAGUUACUGAAACCAGGCGGUACCUUUUGCCACUAAUCGUUUCCCCUCGGUCAUAUUUGACUGUUACACUGGUUUGGCACUCGAACCACUGUUGAGAACAUCCUGGAGUAAAUUGUACAAAGUGUUUCUCAUACAGGUCAGGUUGCUGUGAUGGCGGUGAAGCUGCAAGGCUUUGAGUUCUGGAAGACCACGCUGAGGGGGGCGCGUUACGUCGUUGCACCCAUGGUGGACCAGAGCGAACUGGCCUGGCGUCUACUGAGCCGUCGCCAUGGCGCCGAGCUGUGCUACACGCCCAUGCUGCACGCGCAGGUGUUUGUACGCGACGCCAACUACAGGAAAGACAACCUGUACAGCGAAGUCUGCCCCGAAGACAGGCCGCUUAUUACACAGUUCUGUGCCAACGACCCAGAGGUGUUUGUCCAGGCAUGUCUACUGGCUCAGGACUACUGUGAUGCUAUCGAUCUCAACCUGGGAUGCCCACAGAUGAUCGCCAAGAGAGGGCACUACGGAGUCUUCCUACAGGAUGAGUGGGAGCUGCUGGAGAAGAUGGUGAAGCUAGCCAAUGAGAAGAUCUCUGUUCCCAUCACCUGUAAGAUCCGUGUGUUUAACAAGAUGGAGGAGACUGUUCAGUACGCUCAGAUGCUGGAGAAGGCUGGCUGCCAGCUGCUGACCGUCCACGGUCGGACCAAGGACCAGAAAGGACCCGCCACAGGCAUCGCUAGCUGGGAACACAUCAAGGCUGUACGGAACGCUGUUAACAUCCCUGUGUUCGCUAACGGUAACAUCCAACACCUGAGUGAUGUGAAGCAGUGUAUGGAGGAGACUGGAGUACAGGGGGUGAUGAGUGCAGAGGGGAACCUCCAUAACCCAGCUCUGUUUGAGGGUCACAGCCCUCCUGUAUGGGAGAUGGCUGAGGAGUAUCUAGAGGUGGUCAGUCAGUACCCUCCCUGUACCCUGUCCUAUGUCCGAGCACACCUCUUCAAGCUCUGGCACCACACGCUGCAGAUCCACAAGGACCUGAGAGAGGAGCUGGCCAAGGUGAAGAACCUGCAGGGGCUGACAGAGGUCAGCAGACAACUCAGACUACGCUGCCAGGAGGAGAUAACCAAUGGAGGCGAGGAGGCGGGGCAGGUGGUUGGGCUGCCAUUCCCUCAUUGGAUCUGCCAGCCGUACGUCAGACCAGUGCCGAAGGCUCCGGUUGCUAACAGCAACGGUACGGAGGUGAAGGCAGGGUGUCACAAGAGGGCGUUGUCACAGGAGGACUCGGACGGGGCGUGCGAUGCCCUCUCCAAAAACAAACAGAAGAAGAAAGCCAGAAACCCCCACAAGAACUUCUGUCCCGAGCAGAAGCCAAAGUACAUCAAGUGUGAGCAGUGUGGAAAUCCAAAGGGUAAUCAGUGUGUAUUCAACCUGUGUCGAGGCUGCUGUAAAAAGAAGGCCCACAAGGAGGUGGCAGACUGCCCAAGUCACGGGCUGAGGUUCAAGACCAAGGCAGAGAAACAGAAGUCAGAGCGGCAAGAGGAGGAGGAGGAGGGAAAGAGCAGAGGAUUACAGGAGGCAGAGGAUGGAGGAUUGUUGAACGGGACCCCCAGCCCCCCAACAGACCCCCACAGAGGACAGACUGUGGCCUGAGACAUGGACUAACAGGGACAUAGACAUCCAUUCAUAUGUAGAGCAGUACACACACACACAGCGGGAUGUGAGAAAUGUGCAGUACACACACACGCACACACACACACAGCAGGAUGUGGAACACUUUAUCCAUCAACAGUAUACAGAGACACAAGAACGUAUUGUAAGGAACACACAUGUGCAUCCAUACUGUCUCAUACAUACUUUCACCACUGUCCUCCAUUGCUGCUGUGCUGAACUGGCUUUGAUGGGGUUUCACCACUACGCCCUCCUCCUACCUGACUGACUGGGGGUCUUCCUGGACUGAUGUAAUGGAUAGACUCCUCCUACAUUUACAUUUAAGUCAUUUAGCAGACCUGACUGAUGUAAUGGAUAGACUCCUCCUACCUGACUGAUGUAAUGGAUAGACUCCUCCUCCUACCUGACUGACUGGGGGAGUCUUCCUGGACUGAUGUAAUGGAUAGACUCCCCCUACCUGACUGACUGGGGGAGUCUUCCUGGACUGAUGUAAUGGAUAGACUCCUCCUACCUGACUGAUGUAAUGGAUAGACUCCUCCUACCUGACUGACUGACUGACUGGGGGAGUCUUCCUGGACUGAUGUAAUAGAUAGACUCCUCCUCCUACCUGACUGACUGGGGGAGUUUUCCUGGACUGAUGUAAUGGAUAGACUCCUCCUCCUACCUGACUGACUGGGGGAGUUUUCCUGGACUGAUGUAAUGGAUAGACUCCUCCUCCUACCUGACUGACUGGGGGAGUUUUCCUGGACUGAUGUAAUGGAUAGACUCCUCCUCCUACCUGACUGACUGGGGGAGUUUUCCUGGACUGAUGUAAUGGAUAGACUCCUCCUACCUGACUGAUGUAAUGGAUAGACUCCUCCUCCUACCUGACUGACUGGGGGACUCUUCCUGGACUGAUGUAAUGGAUAGACUCCUCCUCCUACCUGACUGACUGGGGGAGUUUUCCUGGACUGAUGUAAUGGAUAGACUCCUCCUACCUGACUGAUGUAAUGGAUAGACUCCUCCUCCUACCUGACUGACUGGGGGAGUCUUCCUGGACUGAUGUAAUGGAUAGACUCCUCCUACCUGACUGAUGUAAUGGAUAGACUCCUCCUACCUGACUGACUGGGGGAGUCUUCCUGGACUAAUUUCUCUCUUGGACUUUAGCAUAACAAGUCAAGCUUUGAAGUCAACGGGAGAUUCACCCCAAAAAGUCCCAGUUCCAUGUGGGUCUUCCUCGUUGGUCUGCAGCCGUUUCUGGAAGGAGGAAGAGCUCAUGGAGUCGUAACAGUACAGGAAGGGCUCAUGGAGUCGUAACAGUACAGGAAGGAGGAAGAGCUCAUGGAGUCGUAACAGUACAGGAAGGAGGAAGAGCUCAUGGAGUCGUAACAGUACAGGAAGGGGGAAGAGCUCAUGGAGUCGUAACAGUACAGGAAGGAGGAAGCGCUCAUGGAGUCGUAACAGUACAGGAAGGGGGAAGAGCUCAUGGAGUCGUAACAGUACAGGAAGGAGGAAGAGCUCAUGGAGUCGUAACAGUACAGGAAGGGGGAAGAGCUCAUGGAGUCGUAACAGUACAGGAAGGAGGAAGCGCUCAUGGAGUCGUAACAGUACAGGAAGGGGGAAGAGCUCAUGGAGUCGUAACAGUACUAUCCCAGUACUGCUCAAUCUCUACAUUUAUUUGUCCUUUUGGUUGUGGUCAAUAAUGGGACUAUUUCCUGGUGAUCUUUGUCCCCCCCUGAACUAGAAGGAUAUUUUAUGACCUGACUGUUAGAAUGGUGACUGUCUGUCCAACAGUAGUCAGUCUGUUUUUCUUUUUAUAUCAUUUUUCAUCAAGCUCCUCGUCUUAAUGUGUGUCUGUGUGAUGAUGUGUGCGGCUUGGAGUUUGUUUUCUAGGCCUUUCUUCAGAAAGUAUUUUAGGGUAGGGAUGCUCUGUUCAAUAUAAUCAUAUUCAUUAUUCAUCAUCGUUGGGGCGGCAGGUAGUCUAGUGGUUAGAGCGUUGGGCCAUCUUGCUAGAUCGAAUCCCUGAGCUGACAAGGUAAAAAUCUGUCGUUCUGUCCCUUGACAAGGCAGUUAACCUGCUGUUCCUAGACCGUCAUUGUAAAUAAGAAUUUGUUCUUAACUGACUUGCCUAGUAAAAUAAAGGUUAAACAAAUCAAUUUGACCCAUACAAACAUCAUUCACUACAUGGACCAAUCAAAAGGCAGUUUGUUCUGAAGUGUCUGCUCUAUAAGAAAAUGAUCUGAGAUCCUUCCAUAUACAUUACAUUUAAGUCAUUUAGCAGACGCUCUUAUCCAGAGCGACUUCCAUAUAGGUCUGAAAGGCUAAACUGAUCCUAGAUCAGCACUCCUACUCUGAGAGGCUUGGUGGUACGGGCCCUGGUCUGGCCAUGUGGUAAAACUCCUGGUCAUUCUGAUGGUGCAUUCAUGACAAGUCGGAAACUUUGAGUUAUUUGCAUAGAGCUUCCUAUUUGUUGAUUCUGAGUGGGGAACCUGGGGCCUUCCAAGUGGGGAACCUGGGGCCUCAUCUUUCUUCAAGUUUCCAAGUCGUCUUGAACACACCAGUACUAGGAACAAAACAUAACAAAACAGGGGAGGGGGGCCUACCUGAAUUUAUCCAAUAGAAACUCUUGUUUUUUUGGCAAAACAUUUUCCAUUGUGAAAUUGUUUUGCUACGGUUUGCACAAAUGAAUACACCCCAGGUGAGAACUCCAUGCCAAAUCACACGUGGAAACUAUUUCACUUCAAAUAAUUUACAGAGUCAUAUUUGAUUUUAAUUUUUCUUUGUGGUGGUUUUAUUUAUUUUAUGGUGGUUGGGGGGGUUGCUUGCAUUGAGUUCAGUGCCUUCUGGUAGACAUAACACUUGCCCUAUCCAGUCAUAUGAACGAGGUUAAAUAAAUGGAAGUGACAAAUGGUGCAUUUGAUAUCUCUCUCUUAACUAUGAUUUCUCCGUUCAUACAUUUUGGGCCAAAAUGAGCCCUUUAGACCUUUCUGCUGAAUAUCAAACUGACACGUCAUCUUGUAUUUUUAUUGUGGUUUGUGGAUUUAUUUUGAAAUUAAAGAAAUCUAUGGAAAAAUAA